UAUGUAUUGCAUUGGUCAAAAGUGACAGUAAAGACAUUUGUAAUGAUACAUCAGUUUACUAUUUCAAAUAAAUGCUGCCAUUUUAAACGAUUUGUCAAGGAACCCGGUUUUAUAAAACAUUGAACUCUAUUUAAAAUAAUGAAAUGAUGGUACACUUGUGAGACUACGCAUGGCUUUAACAAAGGCAAGAGCACAAAUAUAGGCCAGCAUAAAAAAGGGGCUUAUUUUAAGAUGUUAAUCAACAUUUGCUAGCGUUCUCCUGUUUCUAUAAUUGGUACAUGCCCAGGAAUAGGGACCCGGAUAGACUAUCAUUAAUUUAAAAGCACUCUGUGAUAACGAUGCACUCUUGUAUUAUUUGCUCUUCGGCAGGGCUCUCGGAUAGAUGAUCAGCGCUGCUCUGCUCCCAAAAUCCAGCUGGGGUCUCCUGCCCCCCCAAAGAAAUCUCAUUCUCAGCCCGUAUCCCUGUCUGGAUCAGGCUCACCCACUAAAUCAUCUCGGAGCUUGGGAUCAUUCAGCCCUGCCUCGGAGGUACAAACUUGUAUUGAUCAGGACCAGUUUUUUUCCCUGGUGCAUCAUGCACAGCAACGUCGAAUGGAUGACCAGCGGUGCUCAUUUGAGCCCUUCAAAAAGACUGCGUCCUCUCCGAAGAACCCAAACUCUAGUUCCACAGUGGAAGAUCCUGAGCAGUUUUUCAAACUAGUGGCCAACUUUCAGAGCAGACGACUGGAUGACCAGCGCGUGGCGCUCGGCACACUGCCGGGCAUCCAGACCUCCAGCACUGGAACUACAAGAGAGAAGAGUCAAACACUAGCCCCUAAAAUCACCCUGACCCCCGCGUCACCUGCUGCGCCCAAAAGAGUUUGUUCUAGACCUUCCUCUCCCACUCUGAGCGUCAGUGAACCAGACACACCUGCCAGGCCUCCCCCCAGAUCGGCCUCAUUUUCCCCCAAAGGAUUACUGCAUGAUGAGCUGUCUGCACAGAUAUCAUUUCAAAUUUCCAUGUGCUUCCCUCCACAUCAGACACAGGGAGCAAACAACCAGCCAUGUCCAUUUCCUGAAAUCUUCCUCACAAUCGGCCAGCCGGGGGAGGCUAUAGUCAUUCCUCUCAGCCCAAGACCCGGCAGACCACUCUCUCUCAAUGUGAACCCACCUGGACAGCACCGCUCCAGGUCUGCGUCUCCUCACAGGUCCCCUGCCAGUCAGGGACACUCAAGACCCUCGUCUCCACACCCAGGAGACCUCGCUAGUCCAAUGGGCCCAUAUGAGGACUACAUCUCUCUGAACCAAAGAGUCCACGCCACUCAGCCGCAGCAGAAUAAUGUACGGGGCAGAGCAGAGCCAAGCAAGGAGGUUAAGAAAGGAAAAGGAAAGAGUAGUGGAAAGAAAGAGAAAAAAGAGGGAAGCAAAGAAAAGAAAAAAUAGGACAUGUUCAUUUAUUUUCAUAUACUUUACGUCUCCUAGAUGAAUGUCAGUGUUGCAAAAAAGCUAAACUUGUUGCAUUUGACGUUUUGAUUUGAAAAAUAAUAAAAAAGUUUUAAUUAGCAUGUUAAAAUAAGCUAUGUUCACGUUGGAAAAUAACAUUUAAAAAUGUAUUCUGUAUGGUUUUGUUUCAUGGCUCAGGGUUUGAACAUACUGACUGACUGGAGUUUAUUUUGCAGUUUUUUUAUCUGCUGUGAUGAAUGAUCAAAUAGGCUUGUGCUGUUUCUGUGUCUGAUAAUUCUCUUGUGAAUUUAAUAAAUGCGUAUGUAUUUGUGUGAAGCUUCACGUCUGUUUUUAAAAUUUGCACAAAAUUAGCGUUUGUUCUAUUCUGUGACAGGAAGUGGCUUUCAUAAGCCGCUUCGCCUGUCUUGCUUCCUCUGCACUAUGGGAGAAAGCGGUUCUCAAGGGCCAGUUACAGAUGUGGCUAUAACAGCAUCAUCGAGUGAGGAGUAUGUGACGAAACCGUAACCCAUGCUGCGUCUCUUCUUCUUUCUUUUGGGGAGGUUUGGAGCUCCUCUUUGCUCUGCCUGGUGU